GUCAGAGUCCACUUGAGUGUACUUGUCCCAGACCACCAGUCCACCGGCAGUGUCCGUGCCACUUAUCACAGUCAUGGCGUUCUUCACUACUCUCACCUCUAGGACUUUCUCUCACUCAGCUAUGAUGUCAAAUUCCAUCAAGAACGUGACUGUGAUAGGCAGUGGCCUCAUGGGUGCUGGUAUAGCCCAGGUAGCAGCUCAAACUGGCCAUUCAGUCAUCAUGGUAGAUAUUGAUGAUGCUCUUGUAAGUAAAGCACAAAAGAGAAUUCAAGACUCUAUUCAACGUGUAGCCAAGAAAAAAUUUGGUGAAAAUGAAGAAGCUAGCAAGUUCAUCUCAGAAUCCCUUUCUCACCUCACAACAUCAACUGAUGCUGUUACAUCUGUAGGGUCUGCAGAUCUGGUAGUGGAGGCCAUUGUUGAAAAUUUAGAUAUUAAAAAGAAGCUCUUUAUGCAGCUGGAUAAGGCAGCUCCUUCACACACAAUCUUUGCUUCCAACACAUCCUCCUUAUCCAUUGCUAAAAUAGCAGAUGCAACUGACCGCAAGGACCGCUUCGGAGGUCUUCAUUUUUUUAAUCCAGUGCCAGUAAUGAAGCUGCUUGAGGUUGUGCGGAUUCCUGAGACAUCAGAAGCCACAUUUAGUAAGAUGACUCAGUUUGGCAAGACAAUGGGCAAGGUGAUCGUCCAGUGUAAAGACACUCCUGGUUUCAUCGCCAACCACCUUAUUGUUCCCUACCUCCUUGCUGCUAUCAGGCUUGUUGAGCGAGGGGAUGGCACAAUGGAGGAUGUGGACACUGCUAUGAAGCUAGGUGCUGGCUAUCCCAUGGGACCCUUUGAGGUACUUGACCAUAUAGGUGUGGACUUGUUCAAAUCUAUCAGUGAAGACUGGUCCACAAGGUUUCCCGAGGAACAGGCAUACAGGGUACCAUCCACUCUGGUGAAGAAGGUGGAGGAGGGAAAGCUGGGCAGGAAGACUGGUGAGGGCUUCUACAAAUAUAAUUAAAGAAAAAAUGCCAUUGUUUUCAUCUUCUGGAGAGUUACAAGACACAUCAGGCACACAUGCACACACUGCAUGAGCAGCAACAUAAGUCUUUUAUAUAACUCACUAACAUAGCUCUAGAAGCAGGAAGCAGCAUUUAUAUAAAAAUCUUAAGAUUAUUAUAUUAAUAGUUAAACUACUCAUUGUUAAUGUGACUUCAGGGAUUUUGGGUGUGUUGCUCUAGAAUGUUAAUUUUGUGUGUUGAUAUUUUUGUUGUACUAAUGAAAUUCCUUGUACACUCUUAAAUGUUUUGCAUUUAAAGUUGGACUCCUUUUUAACCUUUGUUACAGUAGAGCUUCAGUUAACAUGAGGGUUGCAUUUCUGAAUAUUGAUUUAUUGUAUGAAUCAGUAUUAAUUCAACAGGAAAUAUUGGGGCCUCCAAAAAACCAAACAGUUUUUUAAAUAUUGGUAGGCUUAAAAUAUCAAAAGAAACAACUUUCUCACAUCUUAAAUUCUGGUUGCUUUUGCUCAUUGAUAUGCCAAGUAAAGGAAGAGAUUUUAAGUGGUCCUGCUGAACUGAGGUAGAUGGCUGUUGUUCUUGCGUUAAUGCUGGUGCAUAGCUGUCAGAAGUUCAUGGGAGUACAGGAGUACUCUAAUAUUUUGUAAUACAUUUAUGCUCUUGUUUUUUCUUUUUCUUAACACACAGGCCAAGCCCCACCAAGGCAAGGUGACCCAGAAAAAGAAGAGAUGAAAGUUUUUCUUCUUUUUGAAUUUAGUAAUUUAUACAGAAGGGGGUUACUAGCCCUGUAAUUGUUUUACAUGAUGGUAGAAUUGCUGGUGUUCAUUUUUCUGUCUCAUAAACAUGCAAGGUUUCAGGUAUGUCUUGCUACUUCUACUUACACUUAGGUCACACUACACAUACAUGUACAAGCAUAUAUAUACACACCCCUCUGGGUUUUCUUCUAUUUUCUUACUAGUUCUUGUUCUUGUUUAUUUCCUCUUACCUCCAUGUGGAAGUGGAACAGAAUUCUUCCUCCGUAAGCCAUGCGUGUUGUAAGAGGUGACUAAAAUGCCAGGAGCAAGGGGCUAGUAACCCCUUCUCCUGUAUAUAUUACUAAAUGUAAAAGGAGAAACUUUUGUUUUUCCUUUUGGGCCACCCCGCCUCGGUGGGAUACAGCCGGUGUGUUGAAAGAAAGAAAGGGGUUACUAGCCCCUUGCUCCCAGCAUUUUAGUCACCUCUUACGACGAGACGUGGCUUGUGGAGAAAGGAUUCUUCUCUACUUCCUCAUGGAGCUCUGCUAUGUUUUACCUUGCAGUAUUUUAUACAACUGCUUCAGAGCAAGGCUUCUAGAUGUUUCAGGAUCCUUCUUAUUGAAAAAGUCUGCAAGUUGACUAGCAACAUGGAAUUGCUUAAGUAACUUUUCUAAUGUUGUCUGUUUCUGUACAGGGUCUUCUAUCACAUCUUCCUCUAUUACUUACCUCUCUCUUGCCUGGGAGCCUGAGUUUUCCAGCAAUUCCUCUGUAGUUAGUUUUUCAUCAUUAUCUAACAGUUCAUUUAUGUCUUCUUUGUGCAUAUCUUUGAAGCCCCUCACCUCCCACCCUCCUGUACCUAACUCCUUACUGGGGGGAAAUCUGAAAAAUUAUGCACCACAAUAGGUCAUAAUUUACCCCAGCUUGUAUUUAUUUUUGAUUGGAGUAUUUCAUCCCAUGACACUUUUUACAUGUGUUAGUGCAUCUGCAAUGUUGAAAGCAUGCAUGAACUCUGGCACUUCAUUCUCUUAACUGUUAUCCAUUAAUGCGAUGAGUUUUUGCAUGACCUUACAUGUGUAGUGGCACUUCAGUAUCUUAAUAACUUUUCGAUUGUAUUGGGUGGUAAAAAUAAAUCCUGCACAUUUAGAUCCAGAGAUUGUAACUUUCAGAAUAACUAUGUGAAUUAUGGCCAGGUACAUCUUCUGUGGAAAUAAUAUAAUGCUUGAACCAAUCAACAAAUCAGGGCUUCAUUAAUCCAUGCUGCUCUGUUAGACUGUCAGAUAACUGGCAAAGUGGUUCUAUCUUAUCCUUAUGGUAAUUUAUAGCUCCUUUGUGAGCUAUAAAUUACCAUAAGCUUGUACUUGAAUUCACCUUUUUCUUCUCUCACACAGUUUUGUAGUAGGAUAUGACUUUCUGCCUUAUUAUCUGUGCAUUAAGCUGAGCAGUUUUCCUGACCUUUUCCUUAGUAGAUAUAUUCAGUACCUGUUCUGUUAUAUUUAGCUUUAUUGACCUACAGGAGGGCCUUUGCUUACAUAACAUGUUAGGUUCUGGGCUACUGCUGUAAAGCAAAAAUCAUUGUAAAGUUAAUCAUAAACUGAUAGCAUGUUUCCACUAUCAAGUAUUAAGUGAGCAAUAUAGCUAGGCCUAAAAAAUUCAUAUACGGUACACACAUUGUACAAGAAUGGUAUACAAUACCGACAAGAUGAAACUGAGACACAUGUGCAACAUCUGGGUAUCUUUAUUGUAGACGUUUCGCCAUCCAGUGGCUUUAUCAAUACAAAUUCCAGGACAUAACUUGAAGACAGUAGAACUAUGUACAGAAGAUAAGGUAAUCAGUCCCUCAACCUUGGAGUAGAUGCGAAGAGCACCGUAGUCAUGGAGAUUCUGAAGCAGAAGCAAGGUGCCUUACGCUUAUACCCAGAUGUUGCACAUGUCUUAAUUUCAUUCAGUAUACACAUUACUUAACUUAAAAAAUUUUCAUCCUUAGCUUCUAGUGAGUAGUGAAUAUAUUUUAGGAAGUCUUAAUAAAUAAAGAAUAGGUAUAACUGAAAACUGAUGUAUUAGUGGGGUCUGCUGCUUUACAGCAAAGAGCUGUAAAGAGGGGCCUGCCUGUAUUUGUCAUUCCUUUCAGCAAGUCUUAAUCUUGAUUAUUCUCUGAAUAAGCUCUCAUCAUCUCAUUGCUACAAAUGGAAUGAAUGGUUGAUUCUGAGCUCAAAAGGACAGGCAGUUUUUAUCACAUGCAUCACUUCAAACCAUAGCUAGAACCUCAAUUUUCUUGGAAGCUUUCAGAUUUUUACAUUUUAUUUUCUUGUUACUACCACCAGAAUCACAAAUACUAUAGUAUUCCUUUUGGGUGCCAAGGUUAGUACCCAGAGAUGAGAUGGAGUGAUGAAAAUACUCAAAAUCAUUUAAUAAAUACAGAGGCACUAUAUUCAUGAUGUGUGCAGAAAGCAGAAAGGAACUGUAGGUACAAAAAUAACCCGCACAUAGGAGAGAGGAGCUUAUGACGACGUUUUGGUCCGACUUGGACCAUAUAAAAAGUCACACUAACGAGAAGUGGAGCAGGACGGGUAUAUGUGGACAGGAAGUGGUCCAAGUCGGACUGAAACGUCGUCAUAAGCUCCUCUCUUCUAUGUGCAGGUUAUUUGUGUAUCGUUCCAGUCAUGGUAUUGUGCCUUUUUUUGUUACAACUGUAAGUAGUGUGGGUAGGAUGACAAAGGUUGAUGCUGAGCCUUCCCAAAAAUAAUGGACAUGCCUGUAGGCUCAUCCUGGCCUGGAAUGAAAUAUCCUAUCAUGCAGCCUUCCAAAUUUUCAGGCAUCACAAGAAUCCACGUUGAUUUUACUUUUUAUCACUUUACAGCACAUUCAGUGGAAGGCUUUUCAGCACAAAUCUGUUUACGGUUGCAGAUUUUUAAUCAUGUUGUUGACUUGACAGUUUUCAGGUUCCCUUAAAUAAGUAUUUUACUGUAUAUUCAGUUAAGAUACAAUAUAACAUCUGCACUGUGUUCAUAGUUUUGAACAAGCUGAAUGUGUUGUUUCAUCUUCAAAUAUUGCAUAAUAAUUUUAGAUAAAUAUUUUAGUGAUGUAUUAUCAUAAUGGUUUAUACUGUUUUACUGAUACAAUAUAUUGUUAGGGCUUUGAGAAUAAUAAAAAUAUUCUUGGUAAAUGUUGAUAAAUUAUUGUAUAUAGAUUUUUUUUUUUUUCAACAAGUCGGCCGUCUCUCACCGAGGCAGGGUGACCCAAAAAAGAAAGAAAAUCCCCAAAAAGAAAAUACUUUCAUCAUCAUUCAACACUUUCACCACACUCACACAUUAUCACUGUUUUUGUAGAGGUGCUCAGAAUACAACAGUUUAGAAGCAUAUACGUAUAAAGAUACACAACAUAUCCCCAAACUGCCAAUAUCCCAAACCCCUCCUUUAAAGUGCAGGCAUUGUACUUCCCAUUUCCAGGACUCAAGUCCGACUAUAUGAAAAUAACCGGUUUCCCUGAAUCCCUUCACUAAAUAUUACCCUGCUCACACUCCAACAGAUCGUCAGGUUCCAAGUAUCAUUCGUCUCCAUUCACUCCUAUCUGACACGCUCACGCACGUUUGCUGGAAGUCCGAGCCCCUCGCCCACAAAACCUUCUUUACCCCCUCUCUCCAACCCUUUCGAGGACGACCCCUACCCCUCCUUCCUUCCCCUAUAGAUUUAUAUACUUUCCAUGUCAUUCUACUUUGAUCCAUUCUCUCUAAAUGACCAAACCACCUCAACAACCCCUCUUUUGCCCUCUGACUAAUGCUUUUAUUAACUCCACACCUUCUCCUAAUUUCCACACUCCGAAUUUUCUGCAUAAUAUUUACACCACACAUUGCCCUUAGACAGGACAUCUCCACUGCCUCCAACCAUCUCCUCGCUGCUGCAUUUACCACCCAAGCUUCACAUCCAUAUAAGAGUGUUGGUACCACUAUACUUUCAUACAUUCCCUUCUUUGCCUCCAUAGAUAGCGUUUUUUGACUCGACAUAUACCUCAACGCACCACUCACCUUUUUUCCCUCAUCAAUUCUAUGAUUAACCUCAUCCUUCAUAAAUCCAUCCACCGACACGUCAACUCCCAAGUAUCUGAAAACAUUCACUUCUUCCAUACUCCUCCUCCCCAAUUUGAUAUCCAAUUUUUCUUUAUCUAAAUCAUUUGAUACCCUCAUCACCUUACUCUUUUCUAUGUUCACUUUCAACUUUCUACCUUUACACACAUUCCCAAACUCAUCCAGUAACCUUUGCAAUUUUUCUUUAGAAUCUCCCAUAAGCACAGUAUCAUCAGCAAAAAGUAACUGAAGAGAAGUUGCAGAGAUUGGUGGAUGAAUUUGGUAGGGUAUGCAAAAGAAGAAAAUUAAAAGUGAAUACAGGAAAGAGUAAGGUUAUGAGGAUAACAAAAAGAUUAGGUGAUGAAAGAUUGGAUAUCAGAUUGGAGGGAGAGAGUAUGGAGGAGGUGAAUUUAUUCAGAUAUUUGGGAGUGGACGUGUCAGUGGAUGGGUCUAUGAAAGAUGAGGUGAAUCAUAGAAUUGAUGAGGGGAAAAGGGUGAGUGGUGCACUUAGGAGUCUGUGGAGACAAAGAACUUUGUCCUUGGAGGCAAAGAGGGGAGUGUAUGAGAGUAUAGUUUUACCAACGCUCUUAUAUGGGUGUUAAGCAUGGGUGAUGAAUGUUGCAGCGAGGAGAAGGAAGGCGGGGUAGGGGUCGGCCUAGGAAAGGUUGGAGGGAGGGGGGGGGGCAAAGGAGGUUUUGUGUGCGUGGGGCUUGGACUUCCAGCAGGCAUGCGUGAGCGUGUUUGAUAGAAGUGAAUGGAGACAAAUGGUUUUUAAUACUUGACGUGCUGUUGGAGUGUAAGCAAAGUAACAUUUAUGAAGGGGCUCAGGGAAACCAGCAGGCCGGACUUGAGUCCUGGAGAUGGGAAGUACAGUGCCUGCACUCUGAAGGAGGGGUGUUAAUGUUGCAGUUUAAAAACUGUAGUGUAAAGCACCCUUCUGGAAAGACAGUGAUGGAGUGAAUGAUGGUGAAAGUUUUUCUUUUUCGGGCCACCCUGCCCUGGUGGGAAUCGGCCAGUGUGAUAAUAAAAAAAAAAAAAAAUAAUUUAAUCCCACCCCUCUCCCGAACGCCCUAGCAUUUACUUCUUUUACAACCCCAUCUAUAAAUAUAUUAAACAACCAUGGUGACAUUACACAUCCCUGUCUAAGACCUACUUUUACCGGGAAGUAUUCUCCCUCUCUUCUACACACCCUAACAUGAGCCUCACUAUCCUCAUAAAAACUCUUAACAGCAUUUAGUAACUUACCACCUAUUCCAUAUACUUGCCCCUUGUGGCUUAGCGCUUCUUUUUGAUUAUAAUAAUAAUAAUCCAUAUACUUGCAACAUCUGCCACAUUGCUCCUCUAUCCACUCUAUCAUAUGCCUUUUCUAAAUCCAUAAAUGCAAUAAAAACUUCCCUACCUUUAUCUAAAUACUGUUCACAUAUAAGCUUCAAUGUAAACACUUGAUCUACACAUCCCCUACCCACUCUGAAGCCUCCCUGCUCAUCCGCAAUCCUACAUUCUGUCUUACCUCUAAUUCUUUCAGUUAUAACCCUACCGUAUACUUUUCCUGGUAUACUCAGUAAACUUAUUCUUCUAUAAUUUUUACAAUCUCUUUUGUCCCCUUUCCCUUUAUAUAAAGGGAUUAUACAUGCUCUCCACCAAUCCCUAGGUACCUUCCCUUCUUUCAUACAUUUAUUAAACAAAAGUACCAACCACUCCAACACUAUAUCCUCCCCUGCUUUUAACAUUUCUGUCAUGAUCCCAUCAGUUCCAGCUGCUUUACCCCCUUUCAUUCUACGUAAUGCCUCACGUACCUCCACCACACUUACAUUCUGCUCUUCUUCACUCCUAAAAGAUGGUAUACCUCCCUGACCAGUGCAUGAAAUUACUGCCUCUCUUUCUUCCUUAACAUUUAAAAGUUCCUCAAAAUAUUCUCACCAUCUACCUAAUACCUCCAUCUCCCCAUCUACUAACUCCCCUAUUCUGUUUUUAACUGACAAAUCCAUACUUUCCCUAGGCUUUCUUAACUUGUUUAACUCACUCCAAAAUUUUUUCUUAUUUUCAUUAAAAUUUCUUGACAGUGCCUCUCCCACUCUAUCAUCUGCUCUCCUUUUGCACUCUCUCACCACUCUCUUCACCUUUCUUUUACUCUCCAUAUACUCUGCUCUUCUUAUAACACUUCUGCUUUGUAAAAACCUGUCAUAAGCUACCUUUUUCUCUUUUAUCACACCCUUUACUUCAUCAUUCCACCAAUCACUCCUCUUUCCUCCUGCACCCACCCUCCUAUAACCACAAGCUUCUGCCCCACAUUCUAAUACUGCAUUUUUAAAACUAUUCCAACCCUCUUCAACCCCCCCACUACUCAUCUUUGCUUCAAGAUAUCUUUACAGUCAUAUACAAGGUGCUUAUGCAGGGGAUUCAUACUGCAUAAUUUUUUAACCACACCAACCAUUUUUCCAUCAAAGUGGGCUGACUCGAAGUAGGGAACACAUUCACUGUCAUUCAUUCACCAGCUCUCUUGCAAUAAGUGUGUGUAAAGCUCAGUUUAAAUUACUUUUCAAACUUCAACAUACCACCCAUUCUUCGGAGCAAAGCACUGCUGUCUUUUUUUUCAGGCAGAACAUAGACUUUGUAUGUGCAUGACUCCAGCAAUUGUACGUUGUUUUUAGGAAGAAUAUAUCUUGAAACAGAAAAAAACUUUCAUUGACAUCUGUUUUCUUGUUUCCCUGUGAGAUGUGUAAUUGUAAUGGACAUGCAAUUUUGUGAAUUUGAUAAAAAUUAUGGAAUAAAGGCAAAAGGAAUAA